AUGAAGCAAAACAAGGAGAAGAUGGACCAACAUGAGGUGAAAGACAAGGACGAGGACGUUAAGGAAAAUUGGGAGCCAGAUAAGAAAGAGCAGAUAAAUGAACAGGAAAAGGAAGGAGGUGAAGGAGAAGAAAGAGGAAAAGAGAAUGAGGAGGAUGAGGAUGAGGAGGAUGAGGAUGAGGAGGAUGAGGAUGAGGAGGGUGAGGAGGAUGAGGAGGAGAAGGAGGAGAAGGAGGAGAAUAAGGAAAACAGGAUGAGGAGGAGGAGAAGAAGGAAGAAGCGAAUUAUUUUUCUUGGAUCUUUUAUUCUAUACUUGACGUCACUUCUCCAACACACAUGGAUACCAAUGAAGAUAAGACGUAAUAGAGUCAGUGGGCGAAUAGCGCAAACGUCUGCAAAGGAUUGA